AUGGAAGUAGAGAACAAGGAGGAGCAGACGGGGCGAUUUAAGAUCAAGGAUUGGAACGCCGUCGUGAUGUGGUCGUGGAAUAUGGAUGUUGACACGUGUGCUAUUUGUCGAAGCAAACUGAUGACGUUGUGCAUCGACUGCCAGGCCAAGGUGAAUUCAGGAGAGAAGGGUGACUGUAAAGUAGGUUUGUUCAAUUCGCGUAAUCUUCAGGUUGCAUGGGGUGUGUGUAACCACGCAUUCCACGCCCAUUGUAUUGAUCGCUGGUUGAAGACGAAGAAAGAGUGUCCGCUCGACAUGAAGCCUUGGGAGCUGAAGAAGACCGAUUCGCUGUAAUUUAUGACUCUACA